AGCGUGCUUCAGUACAAGGAGGGAGUGGAGCCCCUUGAGGCGCCUGGCACAUUCCCUCAGGGAUCCCUGCCUCAGUGGGAGCCUCAGUCCCGGCGCAGCGGGGGUUAAGGUGGGCGCCAGCGCCCCGCACCCGCCGGGAUGAGCGCGCAGUCCGUGCUGCUUGCUAGCCGGCUCUUUCCGAGUCGACACCCGGAGAAAGUGGCGGUCAGGGAUGCAGCUGCUGCCAUGACAACCCUGGCGAUCAGGGCCCGCGCUUGUAGGGGCUGCUCCCUGGAGGAAGGCGGCGCGGAGGCCGGGGGCGGCCGCUGAGCGUGGCGUCCGCGCGUCCCCGCGUCCCGUGCAGCGUCCCCGGAGGAGGCGGGGGCCGCAGUCCGCUCAGCUCCGGGCGCCCAGAGCCUGUACCGCGGCGCUUCGCGGGCUGCCGAGAGCCGGGCUGGCGGGAGUCGCCCACCAGGCUUCGGGGAGGACAGCCUCAGAGCGGAAGAUCCCGGCUAGCCGGCUGCGGGUCUCCGUGUGCAACUUUUUAUCGCCUUGGUGUCCAGAUGCGAGACUUGGAACUGUUUUCUAACUCUAUCCAUACAUGUGUGUGAUCUAAUAAAACAUUUUCUCCUCUCCUUGAAGCAGGAGCUUUUUAUGACAUCUCCUUUCUGUCAGAGACACUUGCCUUCUUUGGGUUAUAAACUUUUGAUGCCAGACCUCUGCAGAACGCGCCCAACUGAAUCUUAAAGUAGCUUCACCGAGAGAGGCAGAGAACGCACAAUCUGUGACCUUCGUCCCUGCUCCUUCUUUGGUGCUCUCCCUCCCCGCGGGCUCCCUCCGCCCCAGGGAGCGUCAAGAAAGCUCCUUUUUUUUGGAUGCAGGAGGGGGCAUCUGGUUCUGCUAGGCUGGAAAGCUGAGGCUGGAGCCGAGGAAGAAUUAUUAGGCUCCGGAGAGCCUGGACUCAGCCUCUCCUUCUCCCGCUCCUAGCUCCUGGCUUGCUCUCUCUCCCUCUCUUUGCUUUCGCUCCACAACACUUCCGGCUGUUCUGAGCGGGCAGGGGACAAGGACCGUGCUGCUACGGGAGUUCUGGGAAGUUUGACUGACAAGGAUGGGGGUCUGUGGGUACCUGUUCCUGCCCUGGAAGUGCCUCGUGGUCGUGUCUCUCAGGCUGCUGUUCCUUGUACCCACAGGAGUGCCGGUGCGCAGCGGAGAUGCCACCUUUCCCAAAGCUAUGGACAACGUGACGGUCCGGCAGGGGGAGAGCGCCACCCUCAGAUGUACCAUAGAUGAUCGGGUCACCAGAGUAGCCUGGCUAAACCGCAGCACAAUCCUCUAUGCUGGGAAUGACAAGUGGUCCAUAGACCCUCGAGUGAUCAUCUUGGUCAACACACCUACCCAAUACAGCAUCAUGAUCCAGAAUGUGGAUGUAUAUGAUGAAGGUCCAUACACCUGCUCUGUGCAGACAGACAAUCAUCCCAAAACCUCCCGAGUUCACCUGAUAGUGCAAGUUCCUCCCCAGAUAAUGAACAUCUCUUCAGACAUUACUGUGAAUGAAGGAAGCAGUGUGACUCUGUUAUGUCUUGCAAUUGGCAGACCAGAACCAACGGUAACAUGGAGACACCUGUCAGUCAAGGAAGGCCAGGGCUUUGUGAGCGAGGAUGAAUACCUGGAAAUCUCUGACAUUAAACGCGACCAGUCUGGGGAGUACGAGUGCAGCGCCUUGAACGAUGUUGCCGCUCCUGAUGUGCGGAAAGUAAAAAUCACUGUAAACUAUCCUCCGUAUAUCUCAAAAGCCAAGAACACUGGUGUUUCAGUUGGUCAGAAGGGCAUCUUGAGCUGUGAAGCCUCUGCUGUCCCCAUGGCUGAAUUCCAGUGGUUCAAAGAAGAUGCCAGGUUAGCCACUGGCCUGGAUGGAGUGAGGAUUGAGAACAAAGGCCGCAUAUCUACUUUGACUUUCUUCAAUGUCUCAGAGAAGGAUUAUGGGAACUAUACCUGUGUGGCCACAAAUAAGCUUGGGAACACCAAUGCCAGCAUCACACUGUAUGAAAUAAGCCCCUCAUCAGCAGUGGCAGGGCCUGGAGCAGUCAUUGAUGGUGUAAAUUCGGCCUCUAGAGCACUGGCUUGUCUCUGGCUCUCAGGGACCUUCUUUGCCCAUUUCUUCAUCAAGUUUUGAUAAGAAACUAUAGGUCCUCUGAGCAACGUCUGCUUCUCCAUAUCACAGACUUUAAUCUACACUGCGGAGGGCAAACCAGUUUGGGCUUCUUUUUGUUUAUUUUUUUCUUGACUUUUGUUUGUUUGUUUGUUUU